AUUUUGCAAAAUAUUUGUGGGUAUUGGCUUAUAUGUCUUAUCAACAUCAACCUUUUAAAGAUCCUUCAUUGAGCUUGGCUUUAAGUUUGUUUCUUCAACUUGUUAACGAUGAACGUAGUAAGGUUGGAGCUCCUGCACUUACCUUAGACGGUCGAUUGACGCAAGCAGCUCAAACGCAAAACCGAUUAUAUGGGCAACGUGUUCGAAACACUGGGUACGUUUAUAGUAACGUUUCUGAAAAUGUCGCUGAAGGAUAUGGUACAAAUGAGGAAGUGCGUGUCAUGCAAGGUAUUCGUGGUUGUGGUGAAACUUAUUGGACUCAAGUUUUUGCUAGUCCACUUGAACAAACCGGAGAUUUUGCUUGA